AUUUCUAAUAUCAUCUUUACUAUCCGGGAGGGUCCUUCAGUUUUCUUGAAGGACCCUCAAUCGGUUAGAUCUAUUUUCAAUUCAUUGAGUUUUUGAACUACUAUUUUACAAAAUUUUUGUUUUCUUUUUAUUUUUAUUAUUUUUCAUUUGUUUUGUUUUAGACAAACAAGAUAAGGGGAUCAGAGAAUUUAGUAUUCAUCAAGCUGAGAGGCAUAUUGUUUUACAAAAAAGAAUUCCUUUUCUUUGAUAUAUAUAUAUAUAUAUAUAUAUUUUUUUUUUUUGGGUUUCUCGGCUGCUUAAUUAUUAGAUACAAUGAGUUGCUUUCCGUGUUUUCAAUCACAGAGAAGUAAGAGAUCAAAUAGCAAAAAUGAGAAUGGUUCGCAUAGAACAAACAAUACUCCACCUGGAUAUGCAGAAAUAAAGAGACAAACAUCUAUAUCCGGUAUCAGACACAAGGAGGAAGCCAACCAAGGAGAAAACAAACACAUUACUUCACAGGUCUUCACUUUCCGUGAGCUUGCCACUGCAACCAAGAAUUUCCGACAGGAAUGCCUUUUGGGUGAAGGUGGUUUUGGAAGAGUCUAUAAAGGCACACUUCCAGCAAGUGGCCAGGUGGUGGCUGUGAAGCAACUGGACAGAAAUGGAGGACUUCAAGGAAACAAAGAGUUUCUUGUUGAGGUUCUAUCUCUAAGUAACCUACAGCAUCCAAAUCUGGUCAAUCUCGUUGGCUACUGUGCUGAUGGAGAUCAGAGGAUUUUGGUCUAUGAAUAUAUCUCUGGUGGCUCUUUAGAUGAACACCUUCUUGACAUGGACAAGGCAAAGAAGCCAUUAGAUUGGUAUACAAGAAUUAAAAUAGCUUUUGGAGCUGCUAAAGGGCUAGAGUACUUGCACACGACGGCUAAUCCACCGGUUAUAUACCGCGAUUUAAAAUCUUCAAAUAUUUUGUUAGAUGAACAAUUUAAUCCAAAAUUGUCUGAUAUUGGAUUGAAUAAACCUGGUCCUUGUGGGGAUAAAAUGCCUAUAUCAUCUAGAGUAAUGGGCACAUAUGGUUACUCUGCUCCAGAGUAUGCAAGAGGAGAUCCUAUUACAGAGAAGUCCGACGUUUACAGUUUUGGAGUUGUUCUUUUGGAACUUAUUACUGGAAGAAGAGCCAUUGACACUACAAGACCAAAUAAUGAACAAAAUCUUGUUACUUGGGCACAACCCUUUUUCCGGGAUCCAAAGAAGUUCCCAGAAAUGGCUGAUCCAAAUCUGAAAAAUCAAUUCCCAGAAAAGGAUCUCAAUCAGGCUGUUGCUAUAGCUGCAAUGUGUCUGCAAGAAGAAUCAGCUGUGCGUCCAUUGAUAGGCGAUGUGGUAGUGACUCUUAGUUUUCUUUCCACAACUCCUCCAGCCAAUCCUCCUCCAGCUGCAGCUUCAGCUUCUUUAAAGCAAGGGGGAAAUGACAACUCAGACCAUGACUCCGGGGCUCGUUAUGACGAAGAAAGCGAAGAAGAAGCUGGAGAAACCAUUACAGAAUCCAAAGAUUGGAGGUCUAACUCGAGCCGAAAGAGCAGCACAAGACCAAGUGAAAGAAGUGUGUCUUCAAGCUACAAAGGAAGCUUAAGAUCAGAAGGAAGUGUUUCGUCGAGCCAAAGAAGCAGCAAAAGAUCAGGAAGUGGUUCGAGCAGCAAGAGCAGCAUCAGCAGCAGCAGAUCAGGAUCAUCAAACCAUUUGGUUGUUGGCAGUUUAAGCUACAAGAGCAGCAGAAACUCUGGUGCUAACAGCUUCAGAGAAGAUGAUAAUGAAUCAGUUAGCAGCAGAGGAUCAAUGGAUGGAAAUGUUAUUAGCAGCAGGAGUGGAUCACAGAAGGAAAAGUAUUCGUUUGAUCGGAUAAGCAGUAUUGGAUCACAAGGCGGAGGAGACGAAAUUCUUUCUUUGCAACAUAAUAGCAGCAGAGGAUCACACAGUGGAAGACUUCAUUCUUUAUGACCUUUAAAGCUAUAACACAUCUACAUGGAUUGCCCUCAAUUGUGCUGUACUGCUUGGGAUAAGAGGUAGAGAGAAGCUGCAUGGACACAAAGAUUUAUAAGGUUCUCUUUCUUUUUUGCAGAAUAUUCUCUUUGUGCAAAGAAACACUCGGAAAACGACUCCAUCCACCUUGCUUGUACUAUAAGUCACUUCAGAUAAAGUAAAACUGUCCUUGAUGCUCAACCAGAAAGAAAAAGAAAGUGGGUGGUGGAACUAGAGAGGAAAAUGGUGGUUUUCAUAUAUAUAUAUAUACAUAUAUAUAUAUUUAUUUAUUUUUUUCUUUUUGAAUUUUCUUAUAGUAUUUUUUUUCCAUUUAUAAUUAUUGAAUGGAAAUAUUCACAAAUUUUAGGAACAAUGAAUCCCUCAUUUCUCAAAUAGGUGAAAAGAUGAAAUUUCCCAUGCGU